AUGGGUUGUGUCCAUGGUAAGUGUUGUACCCGUUACCCUUCACCAUCAGUGGGUGGCUCCAGAGACUUAAGAGAACUUGGCCCUUACAGUGUCCAAAGGAAGCACAUUCUUACUCAGAGUUCACUGCAAUUUGUUCCUGUCCCUUCACAUAACUUCACUUUGGAAUACUCUGUGCUCACUCAGAGGGGCUACUAUCCUGAUUCACCUGAUAAAGAAAACCAGGAUAGUUUCUGCAUUAGGACACAGUUCCAAGGUAACCAGAGUGUCCAUUUCUUUGGUGUCUAUGAUGGGCAUGGCGAAUUCGGUGCCCAGUGUUCAAACUUUGUUAAAGAUAGAUUGGUGGAAAAUUUGUCUAGUGACAUUGCAUUAUUGGAGGACCCUGUUAAGGCUUACACUUCUGCAUUCUUGACCACAAAUGAGGACUUGCAUAAGAAUGAGAUUGAUGAUUCCUUGAGUGGCACCACUGCAAUUACGGUGCUGGUUAUUGGGGAUACCCUUUAUGUUGCUAAUGUUGGUGAUUCCAGAGCGGUGAUGGCUGUUAAGGAUGGGAACCGGAUUGUUGCUGAGGACUUGUCUUCUGAUCAGACACCAUUUAGGAGAGAUGAGUAUGGAAGAGUGAAGCUUUGUGGGGCAAGGGUUUUGAGUGUUGAUCAGGUGGAAGGGCAUAAGGAUCCGGAUAUUCAGACUUGGGGUGACGAAGAGAGUCAGGGUGAUGAUCCUCCUAGGUUGUGGGUUCAGAAUGGGAUGGUUCCUGGAGCUGCAUUUACAAGGAGUGUAGGGGAUAAGUUGGCUGAAACUAUUGGUGUCAUUGCUGUUCCUGAGGUGUCAACGGUUCAGCUUACACCUAACCAUCUUUUCUUUGUUGUUGCAAGCGAUGGUGUAUUUGAGUUCCUAUCCAGCCAAAAUGUUGUUGAUAUGGCAGCAAGUUAUUCAGACCCCCGUGAUGCAUGUGCUGCCAUUGCUGGAGAAUCUUAUAAACUAUGGUUAGAACAUGAGGGUCGAACAGAUGAUAUAACAAUUAUUAUUGUUCAGAUCAAAGGCCUGUCUAAUUCAGGUACAUCAGGACUUGGAUCUGGUGAGAUCAAUGUCAGUACUGUAACAAGGAGCAAGAGCAAGAGGGUAAAGGGUGCAUCUGAAAUAUCUGCCACUACUGGGCUGGAUGUUUAUCGUUCAGUAAGGAAUGGCUUCUCUGAUUUACAGCCCUGUCCACAGCACGUGGUCUCAACUAGAAGCCCAGCCAUAGUGGUCCCUUCUCCUCCAGCAUGUCAAACAUCAAUAGAAUUGGUACAGUCACACUAG